AGCGGGCCCCACGAGGGUAUAAUUUCUCCCCUCUGCGUCUCUUCUCACCGCCGAGACCCGAUACUCCCUUCCUCCUCUGCGGACGAAAUCGCCGCGCUUCACCACUCGACGGAGACCCCCGGCUGUCGCACCGGCGUCGGGACCCCUCCGAGCCCUCCGACGCCACCCGGUCGAGUUCCCACCUGGCAGUCCGACGCCCCCCGGUCGAGACGCCCCAUCUUUCCUUUAGUUAUGGACAGCUCUGAAUAUGGUGAUAGCAGUUGUGGGGGCAGUCAUAGGGAAGCUAUUUGUCUUGACAAUGGUGGAGAAGGGGAAGUUAUACGUGCUAACUCUAAUGGCAAAGAAGCAGACAAACAUGAGGAGUCUUCUGAUGUUCUAAGACAUGAGGAGGUGACUAAAGAAUUAUUGGGGCAGGUUGUGCAUGGUGAGGAGGAGGCUUACAGCUUAUAUCGUGACUAUGGGCAUCGCAUGGGUUUUAGUGUGCGAAAGGGAAAGCAAUAUUACUGGAUAGGGACCAAAAAAAUUCGCACAAAGGACUAUUACUGCUCAAAAGAAGGGCUUAAGAAUGAUGAAUUUCUUGAUGAGUCAAACUAUAACAAGCCAGAUACAAGAACUGGUUGUAAAGCCAUGAUCCGCUUCACGGUUGAUGAGGAUGGGCAAUGGAAGGUGACAAAGUUGGUCGAUGAGCAUAAUCAUGACUUGGCCAAGCCUGAAGAGAGGCAUUUGUUGAGAUCUAUGAGGUCACUUAUAGCUGCAAAAGCUAGUGUACUAGAUUCAAUGGUGAAUGCUGGAAUUCGAAUGGUCAAUACAUAUUCCUAUAUGGUUGAAGAAAGCAGCAGUGCUGAAAACUUGGAAUUCACUAAACAGAAUUGUGAUGACUAUAUUAACAAGCAUAAGCUAAUGCUAAUCGAUGCAAAAGACUCUCAAAGCUUAGUAAGGCAUUUCAAGCAUAGGGCUAAUCAAGAAGGCAUGUUUUAUUGGGAUGUGCAGCUUAAUCAAGAGGGUCGGCCUUGCAAUUUUUUUUGGAGAGAUGGUAGAUCGAGAGUUGAUUAUGAUUGUUUUGGUGAUGUUGUUGUGUUUGACACUACUUAUCGCACAAAUAGAUAUAAUCUUAUCUGUGCACCAUUUGUUGGAGUUAAUCAUCAUUGGCAGAAUGUGAUGUUUGGAUGUGCCUUUUUGUUUGAUGAGACAAUGACAUCCUUUAUAUGGCUUUUUAAGUCAUUUUUGGAGUCAAUGGGUGAUCAACCUCCUAAAACAAUCUUUACCGAUCAAGAUCAAGCCAUGGUAAAUGCAAUUGCAGAGGUGUUUCCCAAUACACAACAUUGCUUAUGCUUGUGGCACAUUUGUAAGAAUGCUCCCUCUCAUUUGGGUAGUCUCAAUUCUGAUCAGAAUUUUCAUAAAUUGUUUAACAAAUGUUUGCAAGGGUGUGAUUCUGAAGAAGAGUUUGAAGAAACAUGGGGCAAGAUGAUUUCUGAGUUCGAUGCUCAAGAAAACAAAUGGCUUCAUAAUCUAUAUAAGUUCCGUCAUAAGUGGUGUACAGCUCUUAACAAAGACACUUUUGAUGGUGGGAUUAAAUCAUCUCAAAGGGGUGAUUUGACAAACAAUGUUUUGAAUGGACUAGCCGACAAAUCAACUUCUCUCACAAAGUUUGUAGCUGCAUUGGAGAAAUUGGUUAAUGGUUGGCGAAGAAACGAAUCUGAAGAGGACUUCCGUUGUAAUCAGGGUGCUCCUACCUGUACUGUUGAACAUAGUGAAAUUUUUAAGCAAUGUUCCAAAAUGUUUACACACAAGAUUUACAAAUUAAUUGAGGAAGAGUAUCUUGAUGAGUGUGGUGCAACAUCAUUAUCCCAAGAAAUUUCACUUGGCGCAACUUUGUACAAAUUUGAGUUGAUGAUGCACGGAAGGGGUUCAAAAGUUUGGACAGUCCUACUUGACACAUCUACAAUGGAGGUCAGUUGCAGUUGUAGAAAAUUCGAGAGAAUGGGUUUACUUUGUUCACAUGUACUAAAAGCCUUUAGCGUUAAGAAUGUGCAAAGAAUCCCCGAACAGUACAUUUUGAAACGGUGGACAAAAGAUGCGAGAAAAAGAGUGUACAGGCUCAAUGAAGAGGGGUCAUCAAAAAAGAAGUGGACUGUUGAGUUAAUAUAUCAUAAUCAAGCAAUGCGAUAUGCAUAUAACCUUGUUAUGAAAAGCCAAGGGCAUGAGGGAGCUAGGAAAAUUCUGUGGGAUACUUUUGACAUGGGAGAUGCAAAACUUGAAAAAUUCUUUGAUAAGUUAAGCUUGGACGCCCAUUCAGCAGUCCAAACAAAUGAUUAUGAUGAGGCUGAAAUGGUUGAUGAUGAUGAUGAUGAAGAAGAAGAAGAAGAAUACCCUGUGUUAGACCCUCCUCAUGUUACUCUAUGCAGUUAAACAAUCAAAGUAUAUUGGGAUGCACGAAUGGAUGAUCCUUCUAUUCGUGAAAAUGGACAGCAUAUUUUCAUUGUGCCAACAGGAUUGGAUUGAGUAUGCCUUUGCUUUCAAUUCCCAACCUAACAGUAUUGAGGAAUUGGUGGUGCUCUUGUUGGAGCAAGGAUCUGCAGAACUUGCUCUUUUUUUUUUUGUUUUUUUGACAAGUUACUUGGCAUGCAGAGCACAGGAUCUGCUAAAGAGGAAACUGAUUGUUGAAGUGGAUUUCACAUGGACAAUAUCAUGGGAUGACUCAAGUUCAUAUGAAGGUUUUAAAACAGAGAAGGUCAAGUGUAUUGGUGGGGUUGAUAUGAGCUUCUUAAAAGGGGACCCUUCUACAUCAUGUGCUGCUCUUGUAAUUCUGGGUUCUGGUACUCCAAAUGUUGUCCAUGAAGAGAGUGAUGUUACCAAAAUGCAAAUUCGUAUGUUGCUGGUUUUCUUGCUUUUAGAGAGGGAGUCCAAAAUUCAAGAUGUCAAGCUGUGUACCAAUUAGCAAUCAUUGACCCACCGGCAUGCCUGUGGGAGAUCUAAAAGAUGAUAGCAGCAUUAUAUUGUUUUCUUAUCUGUUGCUGAAGCUAAAGGAUCACUUUGCCAUCCUUAUAUGUUUCGCAGUUGGGGAUUAUACACUAAGCUUUAGACUUGAACUUAAGCUCUCUCAUGGAUGUUGAAUUUUAUGCAUGAUCAAGCUUUGAUUCUCAACUUCGUGAUACGAACAUUUGUCUUUCUUAGCCUUUCAUUCUCCAUUUUUCAUUUUAUUAUCUCAUCCCAAUUCAAUGGAAUUUAGAAUGUCAUACGUUCUCUUCAUCACUAGUUUAAAGAGUAGAGAAUGUGAAUAUUAAAAAAAUGAUUUGACAGAUUGGUAAAAAGAGUACCUGAUUAUAGGAGCAUGCUAAACUUAUGGUUCUGUUGAAUGCAAGUCAUGCUCCUGGUGUGAAGGAAGAGCCCAAAGGGAACAUCUCUCUUCUCAGCGUUAGUUGGUUCAAGAUCAUGGUACUGAGCGAGGACAUUAUUUAUGGACGAAUGAUCUAGUGAUUUAUUAGGUUUCUGCAGAAAGCCUUUUGCAUGCUUAAGAGGGGCACUCAGAUGGUGUGAGUUGAAGUUGCAAAGUUUCAGCCAUGAAAGCACCUUUUCUCCUGCUGCUGCUUCUGUUUAUGGUGAUGUUAGCAAUCACACCUGUCUUUAGCUCAUCAAGGGGGGCAUCACAGUUGUCGUUUGCACCAGCACCUCAAGCAUCUUUUGAUGUUGACCUGCCUCAAGAUGGAGAGGCUUUGAUGCAGGAAUAUAGCUGGGAAGUUGAUUUAUUCGCCCAGGAGGGAGACUAUGGAUUCAUGGAUCCGGUGCCGGUUUGGUAUCCUGGUGAACACGCUGCUCCUAUACCCCAUUUCUGACCUUGCUUGAUCUCUUGGUCUUGUUUUACUGAAUAUUCAUGCUUCACGAGUAAAGUAAACAUAUCUUCUAACAGUCCGUACAUGAAUCAUGUUAUUUCCAAUAUCUUGUAUUGAAUAAUUACAUAUCCACAGUAUAAAAAGAUCAUGCGAAGUUAAACA